AUGGAGUUGCAAGGCAUUGGUUCCAUGGUCGAAGUCACGUCUCCAAUUCAGCAAGCCAUUGGUUCGAUGGUUAAAGUCACGCCUCCAAUCCAAUCGAUGGUUGAAGUCACGACUCCAAUUCAGCAAGCCAUUGGUUCGAUGGAUGAUGUCGCGCCUCCAAUUCAGCAAGCCAUUGGUUUGGUGGUGGUCGAAGUCACGCCUCCAAUUCAGCAAGCCAAUGGUUCUUUGGUCGAAGUCGCGCCUCCAAUUCAGCAAGCUUCUGAAGAUCAGCGGUCUGUUGAAGUCGUUGAUACUGAGCCAUCAUCAUCACCCCCUGCUCACCAAACCCUAGUCGUACACCAAAUUCUCGCUGCCAACAUUGCCCCUGAUGUCGCUGCUGUAACCGAGAUUCAACACUCUCCUGCAAAUCUGGAUGUUGUUGCCGGCAACGGAGAGAAUCCUUCAUCGCCGGUAAGAGAUGGUCGGCUAAAGUCACCAUUGACGAAGGAAGAUCAAAGUCACAUGCCAAUGGCGCCUUUCGCGCAGCUGAGUCCGCAACAACCUUCCGCGUCUUUUGCGUCUACUGAUGAGCCGGUUAAUGUUGCGCCUUCCACGGAAAUAAAGAAGUCAAACCCACAAAAUAUUCAACCACCAUCUGACCCGGAUUUUCCUAACUUAAACAUGGAAAAUUCGAACUAA